UAAUCUAUCCGUCCCUAGACUUCUGACGGCGCAAUAAGAACUCCAGAACUCACUGGAGUAUUCACUAUCACUGCCAAUUUAUUUUCCUCGAUUUUAUAUUGACUGCAAGGUCUCGUCACAGUGUUUUGAUUGAUAUUGACUAUUCAGGGAAUAGUCACAGUUGAAAAUGGAUAACAUCGAAAUAGAAGCAUCUCCAUCAACUCGAAAACGGAAGAACGCCAGAACUGACGUGAUCUCCUGGGAUGAGUAUUUCAUGGGCAUUGCCCUCCUCUCGGCCCAGAGAAGCAAAGAUCCAGACACACAGGUGGGGGCAUGCAUUGUUGAUGACAUGAACAGAAUUGUUGCUGUUGGAUACAAUGGAAUGCCCAGAGGCUGCAAUGAUGAUGGAUUCUCCUGGAAUAAACACAGUGAGGACAAACUGGACUCUAAAUUUUUAUUUGUCUGCCAUGCAGAAAUGAAUGCAAUCAUGAAUAAAAAUUCUGGCGACGUGAGGAAUUGCACAAUAUACGUGGGGUUGUUUCCCUGCAACGAGUGCGCAAAAAUAAUAAUUCAAUCGGGAAUUAAAAAAAUCAUUUACAUGUCUGAUAAGAACAACGGAAAGACGAAAAAUACCGCCUCCAAGAUGAUGCUAGACGCAGCUAAGGUCGAGUACAGACAAUUCAUACCAAAGAGUGAGCAAAUCACCAUCAACUUCAAGCAGAUUGAUUGGAGUACACAGAGUCAGUUACCCGAGACGCCAGUAAAAAAGCCACAUUGAUGACGUCCAGACUUAGAGGAAAAAGAAUUGAGAAUUCAAUCAUGUAGAGGAAGGUUUUUAUAACGAUUUUAGUGAUGAUUGAGGGGCAGACCAAAAAAUUUGACCUAAAACAUAAUAUUCCAUAAUAGAGAAAAUAACUAAAUAAUAUUUAUAUUGUUCGUUGACGAAUUGAUAAAUCAUGGUACUUUAGUCGUUAUAUUCUUUAUUGGACGCGUUGUUUUGUACAAUUUAAGAUAAGUGACAAGGCAACUACAUUUACCAGGGUGCAUUAAAUCAUAAAUAGGAAUUUUACAAAUAUUUCGGGUUGGCAUUAAUCAAGGAAGUUAUCAUUUGGCAAAAGUCCUGUUGUAUUUAUAAUAUUCUCGUGACGAUUAUUUGGUCAUUGGGAGAUAAUUAGGUGAAUAUUUGUCUAUUUUUAUUCGUUAUUUAUAUCUUCGUCUGAGAUACAAAAUUUUUUUAUCAGUUUUUAUCACAUAUCGUUCAGCUAUCAUUUGAACGAUAAUAUUGAAGGGAUGAAUGAUAUUUAACUGGAGAUGAAAUUCGAAAUAAAAAUGAGAAAAGAUAUUUUUUGAAUUUACUAUAA